CUAUCCCUAUCUCGCCCAAAUUUCACUGUCCCCCUAUAUAAAGGUGUCAACGAUUUAGCAUUUUUUGUAGACACAAGAGUAGAAGAAGAGACAAACCAACUAUCCUUAAUACGUUUGCUACAGUUGGAGUAUGGAAUGGUACCAUCUUCUAUCUCGCUGCACCUAUCCCUAUCUCGCCCAAAUUUAACUGUCCCCCUAUAUAAAGGUGUCAACGAUUUCGCUUUUUUUGUAGACACAAGAGUAGAAGAAGAGACAAACCAACUAUCCUUAAUACUUUUGCUACAGUUG